GCCGACUCCUGCCCCCGAGAUGGAGAGCGCGGCCUGCCUGUCCCCCGAGGUGGAGCUCCUGGACGUCCCGCUCGUGGAGGACGAGAGAGAUGAGCUGGAGGACCCCGAGUUCAAGGUGGAGACCCCUCCUCCAGGGGCUGAGGGCGGUGUCUGCUUGGGGAGCCGCCCAGGGGGAGCGGCGAAGGCCGAGGCUGGUGAGAAGAGGUCCGUCCUGGACCGGGCCCAGGCGUUGGUCCUGCGCAGGGACUUGGGCCGCCUGGCCCAGCUGCACAAAGAGAAGGACCUCCUCCUCCAGAGAACGCGGGGGGAGCUGCGCGCCUCCCAGCGGAUGGACCUCCUCACCCGGCAGCAGCAGAGGAUGAAAGCCAAGGAGGCCAACCACGCGUAGGUCCGGGCCAUGCAGGGGGUGGGCGGGGCCACGGGCAGACACGCCUCCACGCAGCGAAGUGGCCUGGCCAGUGUGGCCCAGUGGACAGUGUGUCGGCCCUCAGACUGAAGGGUCCCGGCUCGAUUCCCGGC